AUGCUCAAGGUGGGACCACUCCCACAGCGGAUGUUGAAGGAGCCAGCCGGGUCGGGAAACCGGGCAAGCUCGCACGUGAUGAUCAGUUCGCUGAGCGGCAAGAAGCCGAUGAACCAGAUCAAGAACCGCUUGCAUGUCGCCAAGAUCGUAGAAGGACUAGUAGCAGCAGUAAGGGCAAGGAGAAAGAGGACGGCCAUGAGCUCGACGAUCAGGGCGGGAACCAGGCUGAUGGGGGACAUCUUAAUCACUCCUCCAGAGGGCCCGCUGAAUACCAUCACCCCCCACAUCGCCGACCGAGAAGUCCUUCUCCACCUCGCAGUUGUGCAGGAGUUCUGGGACGGCUUGGGGGCUCUUGUAGCCCGUUACGUCGCGUACGAUCUCAGGAGCUUGUCGGUCGACAAGAAUGCUGAGAUCGCCGGCUUCUUGGGAAGCUCUGCCCAGAUCCCCGUCUGA